AUGCAUCAACUAACAGAAUUAGGGAAAGAAUUGACUGAAUACCAGUAGCCUGAAUAUUUGGCUGAUAUUUUAGAUUUGCAAACAUAAAUAAAGUUAAAGGAAAAAUUAGAUGAAUAAGACAAAGAGCAUGAAUUGAGUCAAAAAAAGGAGACCAACUAUUCCCAAGAUAUGAAAAGUGGAAAAAAAGAAAAUAUAUAUAAUUCUAAAUAACAAAGUAACUCAUAAGGAUAAGAGAAAUAGUGGACCAUUAAAUAGUCUAUGUUUGUUAGAAUUAAUUCAAAAAAGAAUGUUAGUGAAUUCUACAGUAUAAAUGAAAUGAUUGGGCAAGGGGGAUUUGGAAAAGUAUACAAAGUAGUUCAUAGACAAACUGGUAUGGUCAGGGCUAUGAAGUUGAUCCUUAAAUCGAAACUGAAGAAAGAGGAUUAGGAGAAGUUAUUAGAGGAAACCAAAAUAUUAAUGGACAUUGAUCAUCCAAACAUUGUCAAAUUGUAUGAAAUGUAUUAAGACGAUAAUUCAUAUUAUUUAAUCAGUGAAUAUUGUGAUGGUGGUGAAUUAUUUGAAAAAAUUAAAUUAGUUCAAAUCUUAACUGAACAAGAGAUAGCCAACUAUAUGAAAUAAAUCCUGACAGCUGUGGCUUAUUGUCAUUCAAAAGGUAUUGUACACAGGGAUUUGAAACCUGAGAAUAUCUUAUUCGAUUCUAAAAAUCAAGGGGCCACUUUGAAAAUCAUUGAUUUCGGAGCAAGCGCUAAGUUGGUCAAUGAUGAAAAACUUAAUAAAAGGAUUGGAACUCCAUUUUACGUAGCUCCAGAAGUAUUGAAUGGCAGUUACGAUGAAAAAUGUGAUAUCUGGUCAUUAGGAGUUAUAUUGUAUGUUCUACUUUGUGGAUAUCCUCCCUUCUUUGGCCACAGUGAGGGAGAAGUCUUAGCCAAAGUCAGAAAGGGAACAUACUAAUUUAAUAGUAAUGAUUGGUCAAGAGUAUCCAUGCAGGCAAAAGAUUUGAUCAGGAGAAUGUUGUUUUAUGAUCCCUCUGCUCGGAUUAGUGCAUCAGAUGCACAAUAACAUAGUUGGAUAGCCAGCAAUAGAGCUAAAGGAGUCGUCAACAAUAUCAGUUUGAGAAGACUAUAGGAUUUUGAUUCCAAAAAUAAACUAAAAUAUGCGAUUUUAUAAUUCAUAACUGUUUAAGUGGUUUAAAGUUAAGAGAAGGAUGAUUUGUUAAAAACCUUCUAACAUAUAGAUAAAAAUGGGGAUGGAACUGUUAGCAAAGAAGAAUUGUUAGCUGCCUAUAUGAAAAUUUAUAAAGGUGAUUCUAUAGCAGCAAGAUAAGUUGUGGAUGAAUUAUUUCCAUAACUGGAUGCUAAUAAAUCUGGAAAAGUAGAUUUUAGUGAAUUUGUUACUGCCUCAAUGAACAGAGAUAAAUCACUAAGCAAGAAAAAAAUAGAAUAGUCUUUUAAAUUGUUUGAUUUGGAUGGCAAUGGUUUUAUUACUAAAUAAGAAAUUAAUGAAUUAUUUGGAAAUGAAAUCGAUGAAAAUAUGUGGCAAGACAUCUUGAAAGAUUGUGACAUAAAUAAAGAUGGAAUGAUAUCCAUGAAUGAAUUUGUUAAUCUUUUAGAAACUAAAAUUAAUCAAAACUCAUAAUUGUAAUGA